CAGACAAGAGUUAGAGUAGAACGCAGCGGCAAGGGCCACUAGCGCAUAUAGUAUCGGCAUCGGUAGCUCCAAUAAGCCCCCCUUGCACAUCCAUCCAUCUAUCACCCCAUGCGGUCACUCACUUACUGGACUGGGUGAAUGACCGCAGAUCAACAAUUGGAAUAUUUCCAGCUCCUGCGCCCGGCUCUCCUUUGAACUUCCUUCCUCUUACUCUCGUCCCUAUCUAGUUUACAUGCUUACCGACCCGGGAUCGCUUGCCACAGAAGCGCGACGUCAACAGGCUCACAUUCAUCCCGAGUCUGCUCACUUCACUCUCAUCGUAUAAGUCGUCAUUACGUACUGGGGCCCGCCUCAGAUCGGCUGGAAACCAUGAGCGACCUCGAGAAGCAUGCGUCGUCGCACGACGAGCGAGAAGAUCGCGCCAUAGAUCUUGACAUUCCCGAUCCUGAUGCGCAUCUUAGCCCAGAGGAAAGAGAUCAGAUUGAGAGACGACUUGUCUGGAGACUCGACCUCAUCCUUAUCCCUUGGCUCUGCCUGUUGUACCUCCUUGCCUUCCUGGACCGGACUAAUAUUGGCAAUGCGAAGAUUGCUGGCCUCGUCCCCGACUUGGGGCUGACGACUUCACAAUACAACAUAGCUCUCACCAUCUUCUUCAUCUCUUACUCGGUUUUCGAGCCACUUACCAAUGUCCUUCUCAAAAAACUCAGGCCUUCGAUCUUCAUUCCGAUUAUCAUGUUCCUUUGGGGUGCAUCAAUGACUGGACAAGGUUUCGUGUAUAACAACUCUGGUCUUCUGGCUUCUCGCUGGUUUCUUGGCCUUACUGAAGCUGGGCUUUUUCCUGGUGUGAACUACUAUCUCUCGUGCUGGUAUAAACGAUCCGAAUUUGGUAUUCGUGCUGCCAUUUUCUUCUCAGCAGCCGCCCUAUCUGGCUCUUUUGGUGGCUUGUUGGCUGCUGCGAUUGAAAAACUGGACGGCAAAGGCGGCCUCGAAGGCUGGCGAUGGAUUUUCAUCUUGGAAGGCCUCCUUACGGUGGUCGUGGCUGUGAUAUCUUUCUGGAUGGUUCACGACUUCCCAGACGACGCACGCUUUUUGUCCGAAGAGGACCGCGCCCGAGUGAUCCGACGACUGAGACUGGACCAACAGGCUUCCUCGAAACACGAAGAUUGGAACACAAGAUAUCUAUAUGACGGUCUCAAAGACUGGAAGAUGUGGCUGGGCAUGGCUAUCUAUAUGGGCUGUGACAUGCCGCUAUAUGCUUUCUCUCUCUUCCUGCCAUCUAUCAUCAUGGAAUCCGGUUGGAGUAAUAACUCCAUUCACACAAACCUUCUGAGCGUCCCUCCCUACGCCGCCGCCGCCGUACUCACUGUCAUCGUCGGAUUCAUCGCGGAUCGCACUCGCCAACGUGGCUUGUGCAACAUCCUUUCAAGUCUGAUCGGUAUCGUUGGGUUUAUCCUGCUCAUCGCCUCUGACAGCCCUGCGGUGAAAUAUGCGGCUACAUUCCUAGGUGCUCUGGGUAUUUACCCCUGCAUCUCCAACACAAUCACGUGGAUGGCGAACAAUACAGAGGGUGUAUACAAGAGAGGGGUUGUAUUGGGAUUUGUCAUCGGCUGGGGCAACCUUAACGGCAUCGUCAGCUCAAACAUCUACUUCGACCCGCCUCGCUACCUCCAAGGACAUGGCGUUGUUCUUGCCUACAUGAUAAUAUUCCUCUUCGGAGGCAGUAUCUUGAUGACCACUCUCCUCAGGGUAGAGAACAAGAAAAGACUUGAGGGUAAACGAGACUACCUUGCCGAAGGCAAGAGUGAGGCCGAGCUCGAUCUGCUUGGCGAUAGACGGCCGGACUUUUUGUACACGGUUUAAUGGAGGUGAGGUAGAGAGGUGGAUGAAGUAUAAAGUAAAAGCGGCUUUUUACUUCUUAUUAUGACUUAUAUACCCGAACCGACAGAUUACUUGGUCACUGCGAGGUUGGUGGCUUGAAGACGAAGUGAUGAUGAUAGCGAGAACAAAAAUAAAAGAUUUCAUGUAGCUUAUAUAUAU